GAGGAGGCAUGCCGCGGAGGCCUCCGGCUCCCCCCGGCCCUGGCCCCGCGCGCAAGGUCCCCCUGCGCAAGCUUCUCCGGGCGGCGUCGGUGGCGUGCGGCGUGCAGUUCGGUUGGGCGCUUCAGCUCUCCCUGCUCACACCCUACGUCCAGGAGCUCGGCAUCCCGCACGCCUUCGCCAGCCUGGUCUGGCUCUGCGGGCCCCUCUCCGGCCUCCUCGUCCAGCCCCUCGUCGGCCACCUCUCCGAUCGCAUCGCCCCCGCCGCCUCCCCCCUCGGCCGCCGCCGCCCCUUCAUCGCCGCCGGGGCCGCUUCCAUCGCCGCCGCCGUCCUCACCGUCGGCUUCUCCGCCGACCUCGGCCGCCUAUUUGGCGACCCCAUCACCCCGGGCUCCACCCGCUUCGGCGCCAUCAUCGUCUACCUCGUUGGCUUCUGGCUCCUCGACGUCGGCAACAACGCUACGCAGGGGCCCUGCAGGGCCUUCCUCGCCGACCUCACCGAAAAUGACCCAAGGAGGACUCGGAUAGCUAAUGCUUACUUCUCACUCUUCAUGGCCCUGGGAAACAUACUUGGAUACGCCACAGGAGCAUAUAGUGGCUGGUACAAGAUAUUUCCAUUCACUGUCACUCCAUCAUGUAGCAUCAGUUGUGCUAACCUCAAGUCCGCCUUUCUACUGGAUAUUAUCAUUUUGGUGAUCACUACAUGCAUUACUGUAGCGUCAGUUCAAGAGCCUCAAUCCUUUGGAAGUGAUGAAGCAGAUCACCCUAGCAACGAACAGGAAGCUUUCCUCUGGGAACUUUUUGGAUCAUUCCGGUAUUUUACGUUACCAAUUUGGAUGGUUUUGAUUGUUACUGCCCUCACAUGGAUCGGAUGGUUUCCAUUUAUCCUCUUUGAUACUGAUUGGAUGGGUCGAGAGAUCUAUCGUGGAAGCCCAGAUGACCCAAGUAUGACUCAGAGCUAUCAUGAUGGUGUGAGAAUGGGUUCUUUUGGUCUGAUGCUGAAUUCAGUCCUUCUUGGUUUCACAUCUGUUGUACUGGAAAAGUUAUGCCGGAAGUGGGGAGCUGGACUGGUAUGGGGUGUCUCCAAUAUCCUAAUGGCGUUGUGCUUUGUGGCGAUGCUUGUAAUAACUUAUGUGGCAAAGAAUAUGGAUUAUCCACCUAGUGGAGUACCUCCAACCGGCAUUAUCAUUGCUUCCCUGGUAGUUUUUACAAUUUUAGGAGUGCCCCUGGCGAUCACAUACAGUAUACCAUACGCAAUGGCUGCUAGUCGGGUUGAAAAUCUGGGGCUUGGCCAAGGUCUAGCAAUGGGCAUCCUUAACUUGGCUAUUGUCAUACCACAGGUUAUUGUGUCACUGGGUAGCGGGCCAUGGGACCAACUGUUUGGUGGUGGUAACGCACCAGCCUUUGCAGUGGCAGCUGCUGCAUCUUUUAUCGGGGGUCUGGUGGCGAUUCUGGGCCUCCCACGAGCCCGCAUUGCAUCAUCAAGGAGGAGAGGUCACCGAUAAGAGUAUGGCUACAUAUAAAUUGUGGACCAUUCUUUGCAAUUCGACUCGUGAGAGGCACUCGCAGCGCUAUUCGAUACAUGGCGAACUGUAUAUUAUCUGCGGAUCAAGUGGGGGAAAAGCUUGUUUUCUCCAUGAGAAAUUUUGCCUUUUCAUGUCUCAUCAUCAUGUGCUGUUGUACAUUUGGACGUUGGUCAUUUGUAGAGAUACUAGUGAAUAAAAGUUGCAGGAUUUUACUGGAAAAAAUUCUGGUCGGUAAGUAUGGCGUCUGUGACAGGCCAGCGGUGUGGAGCCGUAUAAUAUGCUGCCCGUAUGGCCUCAAAUGUUGUACCAUUUAUUUUUUGAUACGUUCAGACGGCUUCAGUGCUGUGUUAAUAUAUGUACGAAAUACUACUGUA